AUGGUUACGAAUCAAGCCAAGUCCAUUGAACUAAGGGACCUGCAGCAACAGCAAACAGACUCCCAUUUGAAAUUACUUAGGGAUGAACGCAAAUCGGCAGAGCUGACUACAAAAGCUCACGAGGAAGAUUUUUCUAAACGCCUUGACAACCUUGAUCGCAUGGUUAUAGAGUACGGGAAGACAUGCAAGGAGUUAAGUGAAAAAACAGAGUCUCUGAUGCGAUCCCACUUCGAACGAAUCACAAAUGGAGCCCCUGCGGUCAGUGCCUCUGUCGAGGUGAGGAAUCAGAUUCAGAACCUUCGGCAAAUUCAAGAUGCCAAGGAUGAAGCCAUAGCAGAUGAACUUGAUAAAUAUGAAUCGAGAAUUGCUCGCUUAGAAGAGGUAGUAAGCAAAUUAAAGCAAAUGGGUGCACAAAACGAAACGAGCAGUCAAGCAUUGGGUAUUGGGACGCCUCAUGUAAACGCCGAACUCGAACGGUUAUGGCAAGCAAUAAACGGGUUAAAUCAACAGGUGGACAGUCGACUCCAGCGUGUUGAGAACCAGUCACGCGUGGUAGAGGCACAUCAAAUAGCCCUCCAUUCGCUUGAAACACGCUAUAACCAUCUGUCCACUGAGCCAAUUGUUCGGCAGAUGGUGGUAGCGAUGCAGGAAAUGUACCCGCAUGCUAGCACUGUGCAGCAGGAGAUUCCAAAUAUCCACGAGAAAACAAACAAACUGGCAUCCGAGCUCAACUCCGUACGUAACGAUAUUAGUACCGCAGAAAGUGCACGAAGAGCGUUAAUCAACGACAUGACUGCGGAAAGAGAUCAAAUGACGCAGGAAAUCAGUUCUCUUAGGUCCAGGAUCGAUGAAAUUGGAAGCGUGCGGUCGAAGGCUGACGAACUUGAGAAGGCUUUAACAUCGAGAAUGGACGAAGUGGAAAAUGUUGUAGCUACCAACCUUGCGUCCGUGAUGCUCAACUUUGACAAGCGAACAUCGCCUCCAAAGUCAUGA